AUGACACCCAACUUAAUCUGUACAUUGAAGGCGGAGUGUGAUGAGAAGGAAUUGCAUAAACACCAAUUUAAAGUGAAAUUCAGUCGACGUGGUCCUGAAAAAUACACCGUUUACUGUGAUCAACCUCGCACAGUGCUGGAAGCCAUAAAAACAUUACAUAUAUAUGAGGAGAAGAUUGCCUGUGCUGAUGAGAAUGUUAUCAUUCAAAUGGGUAAAGGAGAUAACGAAUCUAGUAUUGCAACACACUUUCCUUGUUCUUGCAUCAGGGAUGAUAAAGUUCUGACUAUAUCAUGUGAACCAGAAAUAGUUGGAAACGUUCAACCUAAUUUGGAAAUCCAUACAAAGGAUAGAUAUUCUAUCUUCUACAUCGAUAAAGAGGGAGGGAAAGACACCAAAACAAAGGAGCUUUUUAAAAACAACGCUGUAAAACAGUUCAGGUAUCUCCGUGUUUAUGGCGAGAAGGGGAUAACUGUGGAGGAGGCUCUGAAAAGAGACGGUCGCUUCAUUGACGACCUCAGCAACUUUAAGCUGUUUGAGAAUGAAAAUACCGUGACUAUGUGCACACAAAAGGUUGACAACCUGGAUAAUAAAAAAUUCAAGAUCUGUCUUCCACGUCAACUGAAGAGAAAAUAUCUUGAAGCCAACCCCAAGAAACAGAGAGAUCAGAACCGCCAAUCUGCAUCCGAUAGUUCACAAACCAAGAGUGAAACUUGGUCAGUCAUAACUAUAGUACAGCAAGAGGGAAUCAGUGUAAAAUCAAGACUGGAAGAACCUGACUGCAGUAUUGAUACAGAUGAGAUUCGUAACCAACUGCGUGAGCAGUUUCCAGAUUUGAAACGAUUGAUGGAAAGUAGAUUUACUGUUGAUUAUUUUCAGAAAGUACUGAAUCUCAGAAAGGAGAACUUUGGAAAGAUCCAACAGUCCUUCAGUCAAGUUCACAGAGUCAGGAAGCUGCUAGAACUGGGAAAGUCAGUUUGCAAAGUCAUUGUUAAGGAUGUUUCUAUGGGAACAGGCUUCGUGCUGUUUGAUACUUUCAUCCUGACUAGCGCACAUUUGUUUAAAGGUUACGUUGAAGGAAAGGAGCUGCAGCAGGAUGUAGAAGUGUUUGCUAUAUUUGACUAUGAGGAGCCUGAGCCAGAAACAAAUUUCUACUACUUUAGAGCAGAGAAUACAUUCAUUGACUUUGAUGCUGAUCUAGAUUAUGCAGUUCUGGAGCUCAACCCUGAAGGCUCAAAACCAAACCAGCGAACAAGAGCACAGAACAUAAAGGCACCACCAGGGCUGCUCAGCAAGGUUGGUCCACUGCCUGCUAAUGGUGAAGCCUGCAUCAUUGGACACCCAGCAGGGCGAAUGAAAGAAAUGGAUCCUACAUUUAUCAUUGAGAUAGAGAAGAGAGAGCAGGCUGCUUCUGAUUAUUUAAGUCAGUACAAACACCCAUUAAUCAUAAACACUCUCAGCGAUCAUGUCAGAAACCAAGGCAUUGAAAACAUUUUGCAGGGUGGACAUAAAGCAGGAAAAAUAGGGACCUACCACACUUUCAUGUAUCACGGUGCCUCUGGUUCUCCAGUGUUUGAUGGUCUUGGCAGAGUUUUUGGUUUGCACACUGCAGGAUUUACCUUUGGUUUUACAAAAGAUGUUGAGAGUGUAAUUGAGUAUGCCCAUCCUCUGAUUAUGAUAUUUGAACGAUUUGUUAAUAAUCUGAAGGAAAGUGAAAAUAAGGAGCUGUUGAAAAGAGUUGAGAAGGAGGCAAAGGGAAACAAGUUCCUGACAAAGGUGCUCAACACAAAACAGGACGCUCCUGAGGAGCAAAUGGAGAUCAGUUGUUCAGAUUAG